ACCAUGAUUGCAAGUAGUUCUUUUAGUAUUCUAAUCGUAGUUUCAAUGCUAAUCACGGUAAAUGGGGGAUUAUCGUGUACUCUCGGAAAAUGCGUAAAACUAAAAGAGUGCUCCACGUGGAAUCAAAUUUUUGAUCGACCAUACAUAUCCAAAUCAGAAUUGGAACUAUUCAGCGAUGCAAUAGCAGCUUGCGCUAAUUCUGUUGGAACUGAAUUACAAGACCGGGAAAUGUGCUGCUCCCGUGAAGAUAUUUACAAAGAAGAUAUAGGCAAACAAGAUAUAGGCCAACAUCGGGACAUUGGGACGCCCAAAUGUGUUGAGAGUAAAAAAACCCUGGACCCUGAUCGUCGAGUCUCAAGUAAAACAUCCUUCGGAGUAUUCAUAUACAUUCACAACCAAACGAAUUCUUCCGUGAAGCGAUGCGUUGGGAGUUUAAUCGACGCGAAUCUUGUGCUAACCUCGGCCCACUGUGUGCACGAAGUAGCAAGUGAAAGCAUCACCUUGUAUAUCAAUGCGAAAUACGUUCACAACGGAGAGAAUGGUACUGUCAGUCUCGGCGUAGAACCUUCCUACGUAGAGUCUGUUAUCACAUAUGAGGAGUAUGACCCAGCCCAGGUUUAUUGGGAUAUAGCAUUGCUACUUCUCAAAAAGGAGAUUGAGAUUAAUGCCCCGGACUCCCCAUAUCCGAUCUGCAUCCCCACAGCAGAGGAGCACUAUGAAUCGGAUAACUAUAUUCUGCAUUCAUUCGGCUGGGGAGCAAACGCUGAAGGAAUUUUAACUGACAUCAAAUUAUCCGUUACGUUGCAACGCAUCUCUCUGGAACAGUGUGUAAAGGAAGGCGUCAAUAGCUCGCAUACCGACGAGUUUGAGAAAAUUAUCAUUAACAGUAAUGACUUAAUUUGCACACUCGGCAUCUCCGGACAUAAUUUGUUCGAGGGAUACUCUGGCGCGCCCCUGAUGUAUCGAAAAAAUGGCGCAUGGUUUCUACUAGGUGUAGUUGGAAAGCCAUUGAAUCCGGAAGAUAAAAAGGGAUCGAUCAAACCAAAUCGCGUCAUUUCUACUUUCCUUCCACAUCAUACAGGGUGGAUUGAAGACAUAAUACAUGGCGACCAGCAAGAUGUGCAAAGAUAAUUUUUGGAGGAGGCGAGGAGAGUACGUGACCCAGUAAAUCCAAUACAGGUUAUUCUAGAUAGAUAUGACUUGAAUGAUACAUUUGUGUGUAUAGUGAAUGAAAGGCGUCGUGUACUAAAGGCUUUUAAAAUUUUUUUGAUGGACAACGCUAUUGACAACAAUUAAUGCUUGAGAUGCAAGCUCCAGCCCGAGCAACACAAUAAACUGCCUCUUUGGCAUUAUGAUUGAGUUGGUUUAAUCCUUAAGAGAUAAAAUUUGAAUAAUAG